AUUCUCACCCGGCCGGCUGGCGCAGCUGCUCGGCCGCCGCGGCGCCCCUUCCCCCGUGGCCGUGACCCUCCCUACCCUCUCAUUGCCUGGGGCGGGGUCAAGGUCAGGCCAGCGGGUCGCUCAUUCGCGAGUGACGGACGGUCGCGGGCGGACGCGCCGGACUGCGCCAAUGGCCGCUGGCUGCAAUGUCAUCUUCUAGGAUCCAAGCGAUCAGGCAGCAAUCCAUACAUCGUCGACGAAAAGAAGCACGAGCAUCUCGAAGACUCUCCCCGCCUGCCAGCACUACUCCCUUGGUGAACCCACUUCCAGAUCCUCCAGCAGUCUCCGUCUCCAACUGCACAUCCGGAGAGUGCCCAUGUCAUCCGGCUUCACCACAAGUUCCGGACGAGCUGAUCGUAUCCCUCGAGCUCCUUAGGGUACCUACGCUUCCACAACACCUUCAAGUGGGCGCCGCGGUGAAGCCAGAGGCAACCACCGUGUCAUCAGAGACCUGCGCAGGCUCAGAGGCUCCCACGCAGGAAGAUGACUCUCUGGAUAAGCCGGAACCUGCACCACAGAGCGAGACAUCUACUGCACCUAAGACUAAGCCGCAAAUAGCAGCUUCAAACCCUGGGAUUGCCUCAACUUCGACCGAUCCCAAACCACAUGCCGUACCACUCCUGCUUUCAGUCCCGCCUUCUAAGAACCAUCGGUGUUCCACCACGACCGCGAGUCACAGCACAAACUCACUCUUCACCCAUCUCGCGUCAGCUGCCAAGUCGAUGGCAUCCGCUCCACCUGGUCCCAGCGCGGCCACCUUGGGCGCUCUGGCGUACGAGUCCCUCCUGAUGCCGGUGAAGCCGCCGACUCCGGUGGGUCCUCAGGCUCUGCACUGGUUUGUGGAUCGACCGACAGCCUCGCGGCCCGGACUAGCCAACUGGACCGAGCUGGCGGGAUCGGCUGACAGUCUGACAAAGCUGCUGCUCGCCGAGAAACCUCCGGAGGAGCCGCGGGUAGACAAGGUGACGUCCCUGCCGGAGAUCGAUCACCUGGAUGGUGACGAUACGAUGGACGUGGUCUACGUCGGAGAGAAGAGCUGGAUGUUCAACUAUACAUGUUGUGAGCUUAAUGGACACCGCGGCAUGCAGAAUGGUGAAGCCAAAGGAAGUCCAUCAGAUGGAUGUGCGGACCAGCCGAUUCCAAUCGGCAUCCACCACACGGGCGGGGUCGGUUUCAAGUCCAUCAGUCGUACCGUGCGCUUCCAGAACCCGAUUCAGGUGUCGCUGAAGCUGCUGUUGGACAGCAACAUCUUCAAACAGAUCGCCGAAGCCACCAACGCCUUCGCUCGUGGUCGCGGCGCCUCUGAGGCAGUGCUCGCCGGCUGGCGCGACACAAACUGGAAGGAGAUGUUCCGCUUCUUCUUUGCCAACCUGGUCGCCACGUCUAUAGCCUACAACAGGGAGGUCAUCACAGACGAGCUGCUGGUUCGAAACCCUCUCAUGGCUCGGCUGAUGGGACCCAAGCGUUUUCUUCAGCUGACCCGCGCCUUUCGUCUGAAGCACGAUGACCAAGACGUCGAAGAGUUUGUCGAUGGCGCCACGCAGACCGCCUUUCAAUGCAUGCCGUCUCUCAUGGCCAAGAGCCUGUGGGUCUACACUCUACAGACAUACCCACUGGGCUGCUACUGCCCACAUCCGACAGUUCCCGAGGGAAAAAUGCGAGAGACGAUCUCGAACGGCAGUCUGAACACCUUCGUGCUCGUCACAGUGCUCAAGGUGGGCUACUGCGUGCUCCGGAUGACCGCCCAUACGGCGGUGGACGACACCUACAUGAGUGGCAACGUGCCCACGCCGUCCCCCGAGCUGCUGAACCGCCUGCUGGCCGACGUGCCGAUGAAGCGCAGGUUCUUCGUCGCGGUGGGCGGAGCGACCCUCACCAUGGCGGAGUACUUCCACACACGAGGAGCAUAUUUCAUUGGCUCCGUGGGCCCUCAAGUUUACCGGCUGGUCGAUCCGGAGAAGCACAGCUUCCCCGUGCCGGAGGAGCCGUUCUCGGGGGUCUACAUGCAGCCGCUGCCCGGGAUACGGGAGGUGGUGCUCCUGAGGAACUACUCCAGGAGUGAUCAGGAGCAGGUGUGGAUCGGCUACCCCGUGCCUGGAGGCCGUCACCUGCAAACGCACCUGAUCUGCAACAUCGGCGCCGGUGAGCACACGAGGCGACCGAUCAGCGGGGAGAAGGACAAGGAGGAGGCCGUGCCGUACCUGCUCGGCACCCUGGAGCACCACCUGAUGGAUAACGAGCUGUUUGCCGCUCACAUGACGUCGUUCUUCGCCUGCGAGCCCCGGCCGCGGGCACCUUACCGAUGUGACGCCGUGUGGCACCAGUGUCUGCUCAUGCACCUCCUGCUCCUGAUGUUCAUCAACGGCUGGCACGCGCACGCGCACUCCACGCAGACUCCGCUGACCAACAAGUACGCCGUGAUGGACAUCCUGCACCACCUGUUCGGCUUCAUGUACGACUGGGUGGUGAGCGGACACAACGUGCGGGCGGAGCUGAGCCUCGCUUCUGGAGGCGCGAGGCCGAAGACUGGGAGGAGGUCGCAACAGGGUGCAGGUCACCAUCGGUCACGGGAGGCGAAAGGUUCAAACUCGCUCGCAGAAACAGAGAUGUUUUCAAAGCAGUCGACACCGGCAGUGGAGGAGUCCAAAGCAUGUACCUCCUUGGAGCCUGUGCGCGCGAUGUGGACGGCAGAUCGUACCAGCGAAUGGAACGACCUCCUGUGGGUGCACCGACACCUGACCUCUGCCACGAACGAGUGGCACGGCUCGACCGACUUCGAGCAGCGCAAUGACUCGCCAGUCAUUUGCUUCGAGGACCUCGUGUCGCGUCUGGAGGCGUGGCAGGCGAUAUUUUUCACGCGCAACGCCCGAUCCACGGGCCACUUUCCUCUGACGUCGCUGUGCGCUAUCGGUCCGCGUGUCAUGCACCACUGGGACCAGAUGUCGCAGGCGGACAGGUGGGUGUUCCACUGGGGUCAUACCAAGAUGGCGCCCACCACGACCACACACCGAGACGGCGUCUCUGGAGUGACACCUUGGCGUCUCUCCUCCCGACUGCGCCGCCGAAGGUCCUUCUGACGGGAGACGUCCUCACGUCCGGACGAGGAGAAAAGAGAUGGAUGGCGCCCUUGAAGGCCCUUCUCCUGAAGGCCUGAGGAGGACUGAGAGGGAAGAUAGUGUGAUGUAGACCGUCUGGCGUAGACGAUCGAGCUGGGCUGCAGCAGGUAGCGUCUGAAGGUCCGGCGAUGGUCAAGACUGAGUGAGACGUAGAGUUUGAAACGAUGACAUCUGCUUGGGAGUUUAACGGCAGCAUCUACCGCCUCCGUUAGCCAGUGGCAGUGAAUUCGAGCCAAGCAGUUCUUGUCAUUUGCUUGCUUAGCUUCGCCAUUGAAUUAGCCGAUUGAAUCGCUUUGUUUGUUAGACAUGUGGUUGUGUUUUUGUGGCGCGUUUUUAUGUGAUGUGUCAUUUUACUGUUUUCUUACCGAUGUUUUAUCGCGUGGACUUAACCUUGCAUGCAGUGUGGCCUGAAGAACAGAAUGUAGCGUGUCGUGUAAUAGGUUCAUUACACAUAGUUUUAGCAUCUAUUUUAUUGAUUCAGCGUGAAGGUUCUUGUAAUGCUAUCACGCCAUGGCUGCUCAAUGUUCAUGUUCGAUCCAUGCAUGUGACUACAAGUUCAAAUUUUCAUCAGUGUUUCAGCCUGUUAGUGGAACAGUGGCAUUUAGGCUCCAAGACUCUUUUUUUAUCGAACUACCGCUAACACGUAUUCGUAGAUGUUCGUGCCAAUAUAACUCAACGCACGGAAACAUAAGCUAGCUUUACUGUAUUGAUUGGGAAAAUUGAAUUUGUGUGGUGUUUCGAAGUGGCCAUAGGUUAACUCUGUCGUGAUAGCUCAGAAGGGAUUGUUCGAUGGGGCACCAGACAGCUGGUCGAAAGAAAUCACUGAACACUGGGUUAUAGUGCGCUGCAAUGUCGUCUUGCACGCUGAAGGACAUCAUUGGGGAAGGUAUAUGCCUUUGCGAAUCCUACUUUUGUUUGCUUUUCUUUAAAAAGACGUGCUGAGCCGCUUAGCAAAGAGCGAUGUUCAUCAUGAUUUAUCAUGUCACGAACAGAACAAAUAUAAUGUCAUUGCAUUGUAAGAAUUACAGGCAGAACACUAGCUGAACUCAUACCGGGCUUACACUACGAGGAAGCAUCCAGUCGUCGUCUGCUACCGUCUCGCUCGGGCCUGGAACUCGUACUGUCGCGUGACGGCUGUGAACUUCGCCUGGGUUCUGGCACUGGAGGUAAACACGUUGUCGGCUGCUGGGUGUUGUCAGUCGGCCCGCUGCG